AUGUGCGUCAAGAAUUUAGAAAUUUAUAUUAUCCGUAAUGGUGGCCGACCGUGUGCAUUCUAAAAUUAUUAAAUAAUCAUGUCGCUAGAGACUCGAUCUAAUUCAGCUCUGUUUAAAAGAGCAGACCAACUAAAACGUUGGGAAGAAUCCGAUACAAAUCGAGAACCAGUGUCACCGAAACAAAAAACUCGUAAAAUAAAAUUCUCUUCGGGAUGUGUGUUUCUCGCCGCUUGUGCUGCUGGUGAUAAAAAAGAAGUGUUGGAAUUGUUACAUAAAGGAGCUGACAUUAAUACUGCAAAUGUGGACGGAUUAACAGCCUUACAUCAGGCAUGUAUCGACGACAAUCUCGACAUGGUGGAGUUUCUCGUGGAAAACGGGGCGGACGUCAACAGGGGCGACAACGAAGGUUGGACCCCUUUGCACGCCACUGCCAGCUGCGGGUUUCUCUCGAUCGCGAAAUACCUCAUCGAAAAGGGGGCUCACGUAGCGGCAGUUAAUAACGAUGGACAGUUGGCACUUGAUAUUGCCGAAAGCCAAAAAAUGGAAGGACUACUCAGGGAAGAAAUUGAGGAUAGAGGCAUCGACUGCGAAGCAGCUAGGAACGAAGAAGAAUUGGUGAUGUUGAGAGAUGCCAAAGAUUGGUUAGCCACAAAAAGUUCCUUAGUUAAUGUACCACACCCUAAAAACGGAGCUACACCUUUACAUGUAGCCUGUGCCAAAGGAUAUGCCGACGUUAUAAAAAUAUUGUUACAAUGUGGAGCUGACAUUGAUGCGCAGGAUGUUGACGGCUGGACCCCUCUACAUGCCGCUGCGCACUGGGGCCAAAAGGAAACGUGCCAAAUAUUGGCUGAAAGUUUGGCUGACAUGGAAGCUAAAAACUUCGUAGGACAAACAGCAUUUGACUUGUGUGAUACUGACAUGCUAUCGACAUUGGAAGAUCUUAGGAAAAAACAAAAUAAAGAAGAAGUAUUCAAUAGGAGAAUGGCCAAGAAGAGGGCCGAUAUUAACGAUAGGAAUUUGGAAUCUGAGACGCCUACCAAAGUUAAAAAGGUUGAGCUCGAAGGGACGAAAGUGAUUAGGAAUAUAGAAAAGAAAAAUAACCUGAAUGUCAACAAUGAAAUCACAACGAACAUUACUGUGCCCCAGAAGAUCGUUGACGACAAAGAGGAUGUUACUUUAAGGAAGAAACCGUUUACAAAACAGAAUUCAGAUUUGAGUCCAACAAAACUAAAUAAUACUAAUAAUCUAACUAAUUCCACGGAAUCUAUAAAAAUUGAUCCAGAAGUUACUCUCAGGAAACCUCCUACUGUACAAAAUGAAAAACCGACUAAAAAGGAAGACAACGAUACACCGGUCAGUACCGCUGCAACCACAAAUACCACAACUAACAUAUCACAAGAAAAGACUUCACCAGUGACUAGUCCACAGCCUACUACUAACAACCAGCAACCAUUGCGAAGGUCGUUUGUUCCUCCAGUAAGGGAUGAAGAAAGUGAAACUCAAAGAAAAGCGCACGCCAAGAGGGUGAGAGAAACUCGACGAUCCACUCAAGGGGUAACUUUAGAAGAAAUCAAAUCCGCCGAACAGUUGGUAAAGCAGAAGAAUCAACCUGCUGGCGGCAAUGAGGAAAAGCCUGGAGCAAAUGGAGACUCUCCCAACGGAAUCGUAGUUACCGCCACCAUCACAACCGGUACUCCCACAGUUAUAACAACUCGUGAAAGCGAGGAACCACCCGCAAUACACGAAAGGCGGCCAUCUUGGAGGUUGAGGGUAGACAAUGGUACUAGCAAGUUCUUGUUAGAAGAUGCUUCAAAACCUUCGGACCCACCUAACACACCGUCGAUUAUUCGUAGGAGCAUCGCAUCCAUCCAAAGACCGUCUUCAGCACCUCUAGAGACUGCAGAUACUACAAUUACACUGCCUUUAAGAAAACCCAAAUCUGUAGAAGAAAAAGAUCAAGAUAAGGAGAACGACAUUAGAAAUGCUCAAGCAACUCUAGCCACACAAGCAGCUAUUCAAAGGAGAAGAAGGCCCAAGAGGAGAUCGACAGGGGUAGUUUCGUUUGAUAAUGUUGAUGAUUUGGAACAGGAGAAGGAUUCUUCAAGUGGAAAAGACUGUGAUGAUACUACUAAAAUGAAUCAUUUGGAGAGCGGCACAGACCGAAGUAGCCGAUCUAGAAUAGGUAGUUCUUCGGACAUUCGAAACGAGAACGGAGAAAUCGACUACAAGAAAUUGUACGAACAGCAACUCGCCGAAAACGACAGACUGAAAGACAAACUCAGAAAAUCGGACGAAGAGCUGCGAGAAACCAAACAAACUUUGGAAAAAAUUAACUUGGUCACAAGUAAAAAUUCCUUAUCCGAACUAGAAAAACGCGAAAGGAGAGCCAUGGAAAGAAAACUUAGUGAAAUGGAAGAGGAAUUGAAGCAAUUACAAAAGUUGAAAGCUGAGAACGAACGCCUAAAGGCCGACAACAGAUCACUUACACGCGUCAUCAAUAAACUUACCAACUCUGCAAUGUAAUAGAAUUUGGAAAAUCUUAAAUCCGAGAACCAGAGGUUGAAGGAUGAAAAUGGUGCUCUUAUCAGAGUGAUCAGCAAACUGUCAAAGUAGCAUAAGUUUUAGUUGUUAUCAUUCAUGCAUUUUAUGUUAAGGUGACUUUAAUAAUUUAUUGUUAGAAAAUAAUGAAAAUUCAGGAUUUCCCAUUUUUAUUCACGUUAAUAGUUAGUUUCUUUAACACAGAUUUAUAGUUGUUAAGUUAAAUCGUAGUGUUAUGGACGCGAAAAGAAGAAAUAUAAAUCUGAAGUAGAGGCUGUUGAGAUAGAAAUUGUAUAAAAAAUAGCAGGAAAAAUAUGGUGGAACAGAAGUAAGGAGGUCAUUAGGUACAGACAGAGUAAAAAAUAAUAGUAGAAAAUAUGAGACAGAAGUAAAUGAACUAAUAUGAUGGCAGAUUCCAGAGAGAACUAUAAAGUAAAUAUUACAAGCAUCCAAGAAAGAUAUGGAUAUAAAACACCUUAAGAAAAGAUAAUAUCCCCUGAAAAGUUACGGAAAAAGAGUAGAACCGGUAAGAGCGGAUCUACAAUUCUUAUGAGACACACGGUAUUCCGUACUUUACGAGUUUUUUAUGGACUUGGACGUUUUUAUAAACUUCACAGAAGUAAACAAUUACUUCAUAAAAAUGUUUCUAUGGGGAUUUAUACUCGGUUAUUUUAAAUAAAUUUAU